CACAGCAGGGGAGGGUACUGCCGGAGCCGGGUCGCUGCCCCUACCAGGCGCUAUGGCCUGCGGGCUGGUGCGCGACCUCCCCGCGGUCCCCCUUGCCCCCGCGCGUCCCCCAGGCGCGAAGAUGUCCUGAGCUGAGCUCGGACUCACGAUGUACCGGCGCCAGCCCGCAGCGGGGACCCCGGUCUACGUGCCCAAGGGGUGGACCGACCGGGCCGCCUCACGCCGCUCCACUCCGCUGCUUCCUCGGCUGUUCACGUCCGACUCCCGUACGCGAGGCUCAGCCGGCGCGUGGUGGCAGAACAGCGAUCGCCUGCCCUACCUGUCCCCCGGGGUCCCGUAUGGGCCGCGGAGCCGCGGGACCUUGAGAACGCUGGUGCUGCCGCCGCUACCGUACAGCACGGCCCGGGGGGCGGGGGCCCGGGGGACACGGCAGCCGGCUGUAUCCGUGGGCACACUUCUGGGGCAAUUUCUGCCCACCAAAUUCCGCGACUUCCUGCACCAUCUGCGCACCAAGUACACAGAGCCCCAGGCGCACCCACCCUCAGCGCCACAGUACCCCAAGGGUGCGUCAGAGCACUACCCAGGUUUGCGCAAUCCCAGUUGCUCAUUCUACCCAGGUUUGCGCAAUCCCAGUUGCUCAUUCCUCCCAGACCUGUGGGACCAACCGUCGCACUCGGAAGACAGUUUUAAAAAGAAGCCUACCGCGGGGCUCCCAAGAGGCGAAUUCAUCACAGCCAGAAAGGCCAACGCCCUCUCCAGAGAAGGCUUGAGGACUCGCAGACGCAAUUGUCCUUUCCGGGUGCGAUUUGAAGACGAGACCCUGCAGGACACAGCCCUCCGCUAUUGGGAGCGCAGCCGUGCGUUCCGACAGAAUAUCUUUCCAUGUGAACAGACUGCUUUGCCUUCUAUGUCUGUGUCAGAGCGGGUGCUUGGGAGUGUUGGGAGAUGGCUGGAGAGUCUGCCCAGAGCCCUGCGUCCCAGGGCCCAAGACACUGUAGCCGGCUCCUCAUUCUGGAACUGCCCCCGAGUGGCAGCUCAGGAACCACAGAUCUACUUUUCUGAGGAUGCCAACAUGAGCAGCCGCCUACCCUUCAUCCACAGGGCCACCGCCAUAAGGCCACGGGGAGGCCUCAGGACCUUCCUAGACACCCCUAACAGUGUGGAGCAGGGAAUACUUUCCUGGCUGGUGAUUAACUCUACACAACCUCAAACCUGGAUCAAUCCAUGCCUGAAGCAGACCCGAAGCCAUUACCUUAGUCUGAGGAAGUGGAAAAACAACUUCUUCUUGUCUUCAGUGCCAGAGGCUUCUCUGUCGACCAUCUUAUAGAGGGUGAGGAUAUCCAGACCCCAGCCCAGGAGAAAGAGCCCUGUGUGUGGGCAAACCUUAGCCUCUCAGCCCGAUGCAGUGUUCAAAUCCAUAUGGGGAAGUGGCCCGAGACAAGAUGACAGGCACCUCCUAGAGUUUCUCUGCUGCACUAACCUAGCCACCUCCACACACCUGGGUGCCCCACCACACCAUGUUCCAACUCCCGAGGGAAACUGGGAACCUCCCUCCCUUUGGAGUUUCUGCCUUGUCCUUGUGCUCUGGCCAGGUCUUUAUCGCCACCUGCUGGCUCGGGAAGAAACAGCUCGGACUCGCCGCAGAGCGUGGUCUAUCCGGGAGGACAAGGAUGCUAUAGCGGGGUUUGUGCUGGACUGGGCUGGUCAUCUUGGGGACCAGAUGAGGUAGGGAUGGUGAAGGGCUGAAGAAAGGUAGAUCUGGACCUGACUUGAGGCGCGAUGCAGCAGUGUCCCCAGAGCUGCGCUGGAGCUUGGCUUGGUUCUCUUUCUGAACUUUCAGGCUGUGGUGGCAUGUGCCUUUAAUCCCAGGCUCCCUGUUUCGCCAGAGUGCUGCGCAGCGGGUGCCCUCUCUGCCUCGGUUUCCCCGGUCGCUUGCAGCGCCGCACCACGCCGCGCGGGGGCAGUGUUGGCCUGGCUUUGCGCCGCAAAACUUCAGCUCUUGCUCUGGAUCGGAAACUUUCCCUCAUUAUGGAUCCCUGAAUCCUGGGUACCCGGCUCCUGACUGUGGGGAAUCUGCCUUCAACCUGUGAUCCGAGACAUGGCCAACAUGGAGAAUCUGGGAACUCAUGGAACAGACCCACGCAGGGAGAGGAACGCUGAAGCAAGACAUAACACAGAGAGGCACACAGCACAGUACACACACACACACACACACACACACACACUACAUACCACAUAUGCUACAGAGACCCCACACACAGCAAGGAUGCCUCCGGCAUAGAAGCAGGACACGGGUGGCACACAUACACAUAUACCAGAGAGCUCACACACAGAGAACAGCACAUACGUACCACCUGGAGACCCCACAAGCAGGGAGGGAGAAUACCACAGACACACACAAUACCACAAUAGAGACCCCACACAUAUAGAGAACCAUACCACAGAUAUUCACAAAAAAUACAGCCAAGGAACACAGCACACAGUAAACACUACAUCCAUACCACAUACAGAGCCUGUACAUGGAGAAGCACACCACACAUGACUGCACACACCACAGAGCUACUCCACAUAUAUGAAGACACACCGCGGAUACAUAUGAACAUGGAAACACACACACACGAGACAUUACACACAUGGAGAAACAGACACCAUACCCACCCACGUGGAGAAGACAGGAAUGAAUACACCAGAGACACCACACACAGAGCACAUUCUGCAGAAUCCUAGAGGUAACACACUUCAGAAAUGUGUUGCACAGUGAGGCAUGUACCAUGGCAUGGCAGUUCCUGUGGAGCCUGACCUUGGGUGACCAAGAAGAGGCUGGGGAAAGACUCUUUUCAGAUGACUUAAGUCCUAGGUCUUUCCUCCCUCCUGAGAGUGACUCCAUUCUCCUUCCCAUAGUCCUCACGGGCUUUUUUGUCCAGUUUGUUUGCUUGGUGUCUGUGUGCUGUGUGCUUUGGGCCCUGUCUGCUCAUGCCUUGCCCACCCCACCCCCAACCCCAAGCCUCCCCACCUCUCAUUCUGUUCCUGACCACACAGGCCAUCUCUCUAAGCCAAGCAAGGCAGGGGAGCUGGGCCUGUUGGGGUGGCGGGUGGUGUCUCCUGCCUUGUGAGCCUCUGCACCCUCAGGAGGUGGUUCCUUAGGUAUAGAAGUGAGGGGUGUUGCUUAUGCUGUGCAUUGUGUGGGGAGCUGUGUCCAGUCCCCCUCAGUGUGGGUCUGGAGAGAUGGCUCAGUGGUUAAGACUACUUGCUGCUC